GUUUGAAAAUUCAAACAUGUAUUUGAUGGAAAAGAGAUGUUGGAAAUGUUUCUGGACGAUCUACCUAGAUUCCUUGUUGACAACGUGACCGAGCGGAGCAGAUUACUGUUUGAUUUGAGAAGGGCGCUCUUCCCUCCCCGCUUUUCAAUGACCUGACGGCCAUUGUUCGGUUGAGACCGGGGCAGCGUAAUAGAACUCCCUCAAUGGCCACUUUAGCGCGAAAAUUAAAAACAAGAAAGUGGUAUUAGGCAACGAAUGGUCGUGACGUCAUUCGCUACAGAACAGUCCUUUAAAAACAAGAUAGUGGUAUAGGCGACACGUGAAUCUAGAUGGUCGUGUCGUCAUUCGCUCCAGAGCAAUCCUUACAUAGAUAGUUAAACACUUUCAAGGCUUGUGUACACAACCCAGUGUAGUUAGCUAGUUAAUGAAGAUGGAUUUUCGCUGGUGUUUGAGUGUUGGCCCAGUUAUAAUCUGGUUCUUGUCCAGCCUGCCUUCCAGCCAGUUGAAAACAGUUUUCUUGGAAACACUUCGUUGUCGUGUGGGGGAGUCCUUAUCCAUAGAAAUACCUGAUGAUGACCAGUGUCCGUUGUCAAACUUCACUGUAUGUACAGAGAAAAUUGGCCAAGUGUUCGAGUAUAGCAAGAAGCUGUCAGAGUUGACUGUGGAUCCACGUUAUCAGGACAGGAUCCAGUUGAAGAAUGACGCCAACGGCCUUGCUGUUGUAAUUUGGAAUGUAACCAAAGAAGAUGAAAAGCAACAGUAUUAUGUGGACUGUGCAUCUACAAUUCUAAAGAGAUUUGUAAUUCAAAUUCUAAACAUUACUGAGAGUUCAACCACUACAGCAGCCCCACAACCAUCUACACCCACACAAGGUAGCACUGAGAGUUCAACCACCACAGCAGCCCCACAACAAUCUUCAACACAACAGGUCUACAUGUGGAACAGCUUGCUGGGCUGGUACCGGUAGGGGUGGUGGUAGUAGGGGUGGUGGUAGUAGUAGUAUGCAUCAGGAAACAUAAAAACAAAAAGUUGAAUGAAGAUCCUCCCAUGGCCGAGCUCCAAGUUCUAAAUCAAAACACAUCAAUGGACACAGCAGAACAAUGAAAUGAUGUCUUUGUUACUAAGGUUGGCUAGACACUAUGAUUUUGCCCUGUGCGGGCUUGCCAUGAGCAUUUCUAAUCAAUCAAACUUAGGGGCAUGUUUUUUGCUGGUCUGCUCCGUGGGAAUCUUUUUGAAAGUGCUUUCUAAAUGCAGUGUUCCAGUGACCUGUUUCAGGAUAGUGUUUUAAGCUAUAUUUUGAAUAACCUCCCAAAUUAGUUUUUAAACAACAAGACAAUCCUCACCUUCCUCAGUAUCUCGAGGUCAGUAGCCUACUUUGUAGAAAGUAAGUUAAGAGGKGUUCAAUUAUGAAACUGUUACUCACCCCUGGUAAUAUCCCACACUCAUUGAUCUUCAAAAAGACUACCAGCUGAAAAACGUUUUGAUAUACACAG